UAAAAAUUCCAAAAAGGAAAAAAAAGUGCAAUGCACAACGACCCCAUCAAAUCAAUAUUCAUCCCCUCUUCCCUCUCUUCUCUUCUCAUUCAUCGCCUCUCUCAUCAUUCCAUAAAUUCCCCCUUUUCUCCACUUUCCUUUUUCCGAUUUCACUUCAAUUCUUCCCAAUUUUUCUCAUCCUUCACAGAUCUGAGUUCUUCUUCAUUUCCGCCGUAGAUCGAGUUUGAUCCUAGGGUUACGAUUCUUGUAAUUGGGGGAAUCUCUGAUUGAGUUGCUUGUUCGAUCGACUGAUUUGAUUUGAAGAAUUCUCAAGUUAAAUGAGUCUUGGAUUUCAAGAAGCUGCUGAGAAGAAAGGAGUUCCGAAUCCCGACGAUUUCCUCAAUUUGCAACAACGGACUCAACACUAUUACUUUUUGAUGGAUGGAACUCCCAAUAAUUCCAAUUUCAGUUCCGAUUCCACCAAUAGGAUUUCCUAUUACGCCGCCGCUCAACACCGGCGGAAGCUGGAGUAUUCACGCUCUCUGUCACAGGGGACACCACGGCGGUUGGUGCCGGCGGCGAGCUAUUUAGGGGUGCUGCUGUGUUUGGCGGCGUCGUUGUUGAUUCUUCCGUUGGUUCUUCCGCCGUUGCCGCCGCCGCCGUUGAUGUUGCUGCUGCUUCUUCCGAUUGGGAUUUUGGGAAUGCUUAUGGUGUUGGCGUUUAUGCCUUCUAAUGAUACCAAGCAUAUUACCUCUUCUUCUUCUCAUACAUAUAUGUAAUGUAAAUGCUAAAUUGUCAUUUUUUUUUUUGAAAAUUUUGUAUCUUCUUUCAUUUCUCUCUGCAGCUCAAGAAAAAAAAAGGGGAGAGAUUGAAAAUGGUUCUUUGAUUACUUCAAAAAAAGAAAAAAAGGUUGUUAGAUUUAAUAAUGAUGAAUCCGGCUGCUUCAAAUUUUAUUUA